GGUUGAGAGUGAUGGUCAAGAUAGGGGUGAGUAAAAUGGUGAUGAUUAGGGUUGAGUGACUGUGAGGGUAGCUGUGAGUGUGCUGGGGUGGAUAGGGGGGAGUGAUGGUGACGGUAGUGGUGAGUGUGGUGAGGGUAAUUGUGAGGGUGAAGCUAUGCCUAAGUGACGAUGGUAGUAGGGUCAGUGAUAUCUCACUCUACCCUCAGUCAUUCCAGUCAUUCAACCCAUGACACCUCGGCCUGUCAUGUGACCUGCCAGCGGCCUUCCACUUCACGUGGCUUCAGAGUGCACCGAGCAUUGCACAGCGCCGGGGCGACGUCACCGCCACUUAUUUAUGAACAGCGAUUGCUGUUGGGGUGAGGGUAGAUGUGUGUCUAUAUGCAUGUUCAAGCAAGUUUUGCUGCUCACAUGAACGUUCAGGCGGUUACUCAUUUCCCUUUUAAAGUCGUGACCCAGUGGUGUAAAUUCCGCAUUCACAUGGCGGCGGCGGCGGCGAGAAUCUUCAUAGGACAACCGCUGUUCACUUCCCCCACAAGGUGGUAAUAAUUGUACUGACCCCGUAGGUGUGAUGGGCUCAGUCACUUUCCAACCAGAAAUUGAUAGCGAGCCGCUAGCUCAACCGCUGGACCACCUGGCCGGUUAUGUAUUGAGAACAAAACAAGAUCGGUAAUAUUAUUGAACGUCAAUGCCCUCGAGGGUUAUGAUGGUAACAAACGGGAGUGAUCAGAAGGUAUGGAUGGGCCAGAUCACCUUAACGAUAACAGUAUCAUGCUCAGAUUUAUGUGCAGCCGCAUGGGUUUGUAAUUUUCAACAACAUACCACAAAACACCUGCUCCAGUACCUUGUAUCACAUUCACUAGCCACCCCUGUCCAUGAAGAAUGAGUAGGGUUGUUAAAUGGUAACCAGUAAACCGGUAACAGUUUUCAAAUUUGGUUACUGGUUCUGAACAUCUGGAACCGGUAACCGAUUCCUGUAGAAUAUGCACGGAUUGGCACACGCAAAUAUAUAAACUUAAAGGCGCAUUUUUAAGUCACCGCGUGGGACAUUUGUCCUCGUUUCUCAGUUAAAUUGUAAGAGUGAAGCCCAACUCCUUGUAUGAGAUGAGUGUACCCACACUUUACCCCACUACACAUGCGACCUGCUGAUCGACUUUGGUGUAGCCAUUUAUACUGCUGGGUGGACAGAUAAGAAUUAAGAAACCCGCCUCCAUUUCAAUUGCAAGCCCAAUGUGCAAACCAUUACAGCACGAUGGCAGCUCCCUUAAUUUAUCAGUUUAAAAGGUAAUAAUGUAUUGCUAGACAUUUCUGUUUCAUGCGAAGGUUGAAGAAUGCUCAUCGCUGGACAGUGCUAUUGGCCAGUGCCAGUUUGGCAGCAGGGGUCUCGUGACAAGCAUGGAACAUUCACGGAGUGUGACGAUUUCCACCAAAAAUUGGACAUCAAGAGCACCUAGUGAUAGAAAAUUAUUGGUGAAAUUUCACAUGGGCUGGUUUAUUACAAUUUCUAAAUAAUGAGGUGAUGGAAACACAGACUCAGCUCACAAUGGGCACAAAUGAUAAAUUUUGCUCCAUCACAUCCACAGUCCACCACUUCCAGUUUUAGUUUAAGAUGUCCAUUUUUAAUCAGGAAUGGAUGGUGUCAGAUAUGACUCGGGCCUGUGAUUGACGUAACCCCCUUUGAACCCCACAAACGUGAUGAAAUUCUUGACCCGAGGAGUUGCGAACUGGUUGUGUGUGAGGGACUGAAGCGGUAGGGGUGACCGCGGCCAAAUUCCCGCUCACGGCCAAAUUCCCACUCACGGCCAAAUUCCCGCUCACGGCCAAAUUUCCGCUCACGGCCAAUACCAGUGACGAUUUUCUGAACUGGUCCUGGGCCACCCCUCGGUCGACAAAGCCUCAAAUGAGUACCUGAUGCCAUGCGUAAACAUUGCCACUCGGGAGACAAAGGCGGCCGGGCGUGGUGCUGGCCACCCAACCCCUCGUGUGCCGUGCUGGCCUUCAUAGGUGUUCGCAAACAGCACUUGCUCCUACAGUCUGUUAAGGCUAUACAGGGGAUGUUUGUAUUUGGAGCAUCAAAAUAUAUUAUCCCCGUUUGAAGAGAUUGACAUCCAAAUGAUCCAAAUGAACAUGAACUGAUAAUUGCAGAACAAAUGUUUUCAACAUGUGGAAGAAGUAAACAUCCAAUGCCUUACCUGAUCAUGUUUCGUUGCCAAGUCGACCCCGGCUUCUGAUGUGGUAAUCCAUUUGGGGAAAUGUGUCCUCCAAAACCUUAAUCACGUUGAGAGAGAGGGUUGAUUGUCAAGGUAAAUAGAGAAUUAACAGUUCCAGCUAAACAACACGUGGUGCGAAGGAUGUCGAUUGAGGGUAAUUCCUCUUUUAGACCUGAAAGAGGGAACAAGGGCAGCAUGAAAUGUCACAUUCUGGUCUAUCAGCGUGCACUGAUGAUUGAAUCAAUGUUCCUUGUCAGUCACAAUUAUUUUGUCAGCUCUGUAACACUCCGUGGAACUUGCUUGGCUGUUAAUCGAUAAUUAGAUGUUCUCUCUACCUUUUGAUUAAAAAAUUAUUUUUGGGUGAAGGUAUUUAAUUUUGUAUGUUCUGGCCAAAUGUUGAAACUGUCCACGAUCCGACCUAGCCAAACAAGUACAAUUUAAUAUGUAUUAUUUCAUGAUUUAUGUGGGCUACUGAUUAACAUUAUAUACAUUUUCAUUAUGAGUUAAUUCGUAUACGAGCUUGUCUGCCUCAAGAAAGUGCAUGUUGUUUAACACGGUCAGUUUUUCCCUAUUCUUUAUCUGCUCUUUUUUACGUUUGAAUAAUUUGUGUUUUUAGCAUCAUUCAUGUAACUAGUAUCUAAAAAUGUAUAAUUUGCAACUCGCACUGUUUAGGCAUCCACCUAUUAGCAUGUUGACUACAUACGGUGCAAAAUAAAUGCAAUAUACAUAUAGAAGUGGGGAACCAUAGACAAGCGGAAGGGCAGGGCAACAGACACCAACAAUUGCCCGAUCUCUGUGGCCUUAUUUUGGGUUGUUUUUCACUCCACUUGUCUGGGUGUAGGACAAUCACGGACGCUGACACAGCAGCAGCAGCCAUGAGCUUUUGCCAGGACAACCCCCCGCUGACAGCAGGCGUGUGGGGGUUGGAGAUCCCAGAGCGUUCGCUCCCCCAGCUCUUCCCAGGACACUUCCACCUCCCACUGCCCCAGCAGCAGCAGGUGAACACGCAGCAGCAGCAACCACAACAACAACAGCAGCAGCAACAGCAGCAGCAGCUAUCGGCAGAGCAGCCGGUGGCUGUGAUUUCUCCACACACGGUGUCUGGUCAGCGUGCCGUCACUGGGAAGGUCACCACGCUGCAGCUGCAGUGGACUACACUGCCGCACAUACAGCAGCAGCAGCAACAGCAGCAGCCGCCAGCACAGCAGCAGCAGACAGCACAACCAACACAGCAGGUGGUGCCUUCCCAGCAUGGGGUGGCGGCGUCUAUCAUCGUGGCAGGGGCGCCAGGAGCGACCGGGGUUCCUGUGGUGGGCGAGGCCGGCGCUCUGAGUGUCUGCUGUCAGUUACAGCAGCAGCCCCACCAGGAGGGACAGCAGGCGCAGGUGGUGCCUCAGAUCGAAUGUGGGAAUCUCACCCCACAACAGCCUCAGCAGCCGCAGCAACAGCAGCAGCAACUGAGAGCUGACCAGACGUUCAAGUGUGAGGGCUGCUGGAAGGAGUUGGUCUUCUCAUCGUACUUGUUACAGCAGCACCACCAUCACCACAAUCACCACCAGCAGCCGCAGCAGCAGCAACAGCCACAGAAGCAGCCACAGCAUGAGGACGCGCAGCAGCAGAGCACCGGCUCUGAAAGUAAAAGCGUGCGCCGCGCCCACGGAAGCAAACGCAAGAGGGCGACCACCACCAAGGAGGAGGAGGGGGGUGGCCGCGAUGAUGAUGGCUGCGUAGGCACCAACGGCACCAUCAUCGUCACUGGGCUCAGCAUGAACCCCGGCUCCGUCAACGGUACCAUCGUGGGCACGACGGGCAGCGCCACAAUGGGAGAAGACGUCCUGGAGAGCGUCGUGCGCGAGACCAUCGACUGCGCCGGGCUGGCGGCGUCGCAGGCCAUGGAGGGCAUCUCGGACGGCGGCGUCGGCGAGGACGCGACGGUGGCCGUCGGCGCCGGCGACGACCCCCUGCAGCUGCCGCUGGCGUGCGAGCGCUGCGGGAAGCGCUUCGCUCAGGCCCCGCGGCUCGCGCGGCACCGGCGCACGCACGACGCGCCGAGGCCCCACGGCUGCCCGCAGUGCGGCGCGCGCUUCAAGCAGCGGCAGCACCUGGCGGCCCACGCGCGGCUGCACACGGGCGAGCGCCCGUACGCGUGCGGGGACUGCGGGAGGCGGUUUGCGCGCGGCGCCAACGCGGCGCGGCACCGGCGCGUGCACACGGGCGAGCGGCCGUACGCGUGCACGGCCUGCGGCCGCCGCUUCCGGCAGAAGCCCCACCUGGCGGCGCACACGCGGCUGCACACGGGGGAGCGGCCGUACGCGUGCGCCGCCUGCGGCCGCCGCUUUGCGAAACCCUACAGCCUCACGCGGCAUCUGCGCUCGGCUGCGCAUGCGCGUAGGACGCAGCAGCAACAGCAGCAGCAACAGCAGCAGCAACAGCAGGAGCAACAGCAGGAGCAACAGCAGCAACAGCAGCAACAAACGCCAGCGCAAUAACCUGCCCCAGAGUGGACUGAGGACAGUUUGCGAGUGUUAAUGUUUAUGUGUAUAUGUAUAACAGCAGUGUGCUCAUGACCAACUCCGGUUUGGCAGCAGAGGUCUCACUUCCAAUCAUUCGAGCAGCAUUAUCUUUUCAUCGGCUGCAUAAGUACCACUCUGUGAAAGCUGCCUGGCCGCUUGCUCAAUAUGCCGUACUUUCUCUAUGCUUUCGAAAUGUUAGUCCCCUUUAAAGGAACACCUGCGCUGACUUGAACUAUCCAGGCUUGCCUGCCUACAAUCCAUCCUGGUUUUAACCAGGUUUUAACCAGGAUGGAUUGUAUGAGGAGCUCAUUCAUCAUUGAAAGAUCUGGACAUGGUCCCAUAACUGAUAUUUUUGAUAAGUGAGGCUGCGUUAGCUGGGUAUUGUAGCUCACAUGCCCAGCCACUGCAUGCCUAAGUAGCUUCUGUUUGGUUGGAUAAAGGAAGCUAAACGGGCACAGCACGAGCUAGAUAAGAGAUGGGCUGUGUGGUAUGGGAGGAUUUCGGGCUGAUUAUUAUACUUGCCGAUGACUGGUACCAGCAGAGUCAAGAUUGGCCUCUGGGUAUUUGGAAGUCGUCGCUCUCCCAACAACAAUAUGGUGGAAGAGUAACGCUCAAUAAUGAGCGGAGCGCAGGGCAGCUAAAAUACAGCAAAUUGGCACACUUGGCAGCACAAGUGGUACAUUUGUGUCAUCUCAGUGAGUUAACCCAUAACACCAGGGUCUGUCCUGUGACCUGUCGGUGAGCCUUCCACACUUCACGUGGCCUCAAUGUGCAUCUAGCCUGGCACAAGCACUGUGAUCACAUCACCGCCACAUGGUGGCAAAUGGUGGCUGUUGUGUGUGUGUGUAAAAAAAAAAGACGCCCCACAUAGCUUUUACCAGAUUGUUGGGAUAAACGCUAUCGGGAGUACCUAUGAAAACCAGCACAACGCACGAGGGAGUGGUGUGUCAGUGUUGAAUAUCUGAAACCAGGUCUAGGCCUCCCCUAGAUUGACCCUGUCUUAAAUGAGUACCUGGUGCUGUGUGUAAUUCUUAACACCGAGGAGACAAAGGCGAGUGGUCAUAAUAGUGACCACACCAACCCCUCGUGUGUGCUGCUCUGGCCUUAAUAAGUGGUCACUGAAAGUAUGUACCCUAACAGUAUAUAAAGGCUACAUGGGUUAUCUCAUUGUUUAUAUCUAUGAACGAUUGUCUUAAAGCCUCAACACACUACGCUGCAACUGCCUCUGCAAGAUAAUUUACUGGACGCUGCUUAUGUUUUCUGCUUUUGUGGCUACGUGUUUGCCUAUUUCAAGUACUUUUUUUAAUCUCUGCAAUUACUUAAUUCAAGACAUUGGUCAAAAUAUUUAUAGGGACGAGUUGCUUAGCACAACCCAACGUCAAGUUUGAUGAGUUUCCAGUUCAUUUGUUUAACCAGGUGAGAACUCAAGAGACCAGAAAUGAUCUUGGUCACCAAAGUGACAAGCCAUAACAUACAAAAAUAACUACAACAAUGAAGCAGAUAUAAAUCGGAGCAAAAACAUCCCCAUUAUAGAAUACAUUGAAAACAGUGCAGACACAUGAAAUACAUUUUUAGGAACAAAUGUUGGUUUGGACAAAUUUUUAAAACCUUUCAAUCAAAUUGAGUUUGAGCAACAUCAACAGAUUUUGGGUCAUUAUUGGACGAUUAUGUAAACAUAAGGAUUUUAUUAAAUGUAACAAAUGUAAGCAAGUAGAGAAACUGCUUGAGUCAUGUUUAUCCAUAGGACUGCCACUGUUGAUUCCCUACCAAGCGGUACCUAUUUUGCCAACCCCAGAGGGAUGAUGGCCCAAGACAACUCCCCAACCAGCUUUUGGUCACACACUCAACCUGGUUUGUGCUUGUGGCAUCUUGGUUACCAACGAUUGGAGAAUCCUGUGGGUGUUAAUAGUAUCGCACUAUGCUGGAUUAGAUCCUGUUUAUCGAAAGUAAUUUCUUAGCCUUGGUGGCUCUAAGCCCGUAUCCCCCAUGUCUGUCCUGGGUCCACUUCUUUUCUGUAUCGACACAACUUCAUUAGGUACCACCAUUAAUUAGGUCUAAAUUUCCACUCAUGAUGACACUCAAAUUUACAUACACUGCAAAGUGAGUCUAAGUGAUGCCUUCUCUGUUCCCUCGUAAUCACUUUAACUCAUCGGAGCUUGAAUGCAGCACAAUUUCCUCCAGUUGAAUGGGGAGAAUCCGAAUAUUUAUUUAUAUUGGAAGAUUCCGAUGAGCUAUGAAGCUUUUUUUUUACAGAUGUCUAGUAUGGGCGGAUACGAUAGAACAUUGCCCGGUUACAUCCCAUCCUCUCAGCCACUGAUGCGGAUAAAUUAGUUCAUGCUUUUAUUUUCUCAAGCAUCAACUACUGCAAUGCCUUACUAUCUUAAUAGUACCUUCAGUAAGAUACUUUGUUGAAUCCAGUCCAUUCAGAAUGCAACUGCUAGGGUCUUGACCCAAGCUCCUCAUUCAGAACAUACCACCCUUGUUCUUGCAUCUCUUUGCUGGUUGCCAGUUAAAUUCCACGUUGAUUUCUAGCUCCUCCUCACAUUCAAGGCCCUGAAUGAUCUCGUACCUCCGUAAAAUCGGAAGUUGCUGCGCCCAUCCCCCCAUAGAUUCCAACAAGAACUCUUGAGGUCGGUGGACUCAGAUCUCUUCCGCAACCCCAGAAUGAAGCUCCAGUCCAUCAUGGGUGAUUGAGGCCUUCGCUUCUGUGGCACCUGGAUUGUGGAAUGCUCUGCCGAAGGCUGUCAGAGUUUGGUUGGGUUGGGGUCUUAAAGUCUCUAAAAACAUUUCUAUUUCAGGAAGGUGUUUUCUAUUUUAACUUAGCCAUUCUUACCCAUGCCUCCCUGCCCCCCCCCCCCCCAUCGUCAUUGAUGUGCAGCGCCUUGAGAUUUUAUGAAAGGCACUUUAUUAGCUAUAAUUAUUAUUUGAAUUCGCAACUGUAUGAUAGCGAGCCGUUCACUCUACCGCUGAGCCACCUGGUCACAUUUCCAAUUUAACAAAGUAAUAUGAAUCCUACAGCUGUAAUGUAAAAGUUUUUUAAAUAAUGUGUUUAUUUUUCUACUUACAAAACUAUAAAUUGCUAAUAAGGCUGCCUCCUUUUACUGGGCAGGGAGUUUGCAAGUGCAACGUAGGUUUCUAUUGCUUUCAUUGCGAGCCACAGAGCCAACAUUUAAAAACAAAUUGCUUGUAGAGACAAGUGUAACGUGAUGGAUGAGGAACUGCAUAAAUGUCAGCUAUUUAACAUAAUGCAGUAUUUCAUGUUUUCCUUAGGACAAGUCACACCAAGGUCUUGAGAAUUCGGAUGAUCCCAGAUUGAAUGUUAAAAUUCGUUUUGGUAUAUUUUUUGUGCUGGAGAAAACGAGUGUCGCAGAAAAAACCGACGUGAACUAGAGCACGACUGGCGAGAGUUGUUAACUGGUAACCGUUUUAAUAUUCGGUGACUGGUUCCGUGAGUCUGGAACCGGUCACCAUUUCCAGUGGAAUGUCAGUAAUGAAUGCACCGAUUGGCACAAGCGCAUGUAUAAACCGCACGGCGGCCGAAGUCCACUGCAUGGUACAUUCGCCCUCGUUUCUCAGUUGAGAGGUCAUAGCUUCGAAAGUGCUCAAGCCACUGCCGGCAGAGGGGUCUUCACUCGAGGAAGCUCUCGGGGGGGGGGGGGGGGGGGGGGGUGAA